UGACAGCAGGAACAUAGGAAAGGCCGCGCCUUUCUUGGCGAAAGUGGCGACUGCAGUCUCCUCGCCGAGUGUUUUGAGGCGGGCGGAGUUGGGAGGGAGGAGAAGCGGAAGCCGCCGAGGGGAUGAGGGAAGAUUGGCCCGUUUGGGAUAGUCCACGAGUGUGCCGAAGAGGCUAAGGCCGAGGAAAGGAAGAGGCUGGGGAAGAAACGAGAAUUUUUACGCCCCAUUCUGUAGGCUUUUACUCCGGAGGUUUCGAUCGCGAGUCGUUUCCUCCCACAGUCGGCCCCUUGCUUUCAGCCCGCACUUCUCUCCGCGAUUGCUUCUGUUGCCCGUUCGCCUGGCCGCCUACUGGCCUGCUCGCCUAGUCGCCCGCACACUUCCGCCCCAUAGUAGCUUCUCCGGCCUGCGUUAGGGCUUGAUUCCAGGGAGAGUGAAUGAAAGAUGAAGCAGAAAAGUUCAACAACAAAAUCCAAUGAAUUUAAUUACAUUCUCAGAGAUACAUAGUGUCACGAGAGGAUGGAUAAAUUAGUUGAGUUUGGACGGAGGACUUGGUUUUUGGUGAAAGUCCUAUCUGGUUAUGAAGAAAGAAGAAUCCGAACAUAUAGAUUGCAACUUCAGAGGCAACUUGAACAGGCACAGGCUAAGAAGGCAGCACUACGAAAGUUACCGGAGCAGAUCAUAUUGUCAGAAGUUCGACAAAUGGUUGAGCAAAUGCAAGCACUCAACCAGCAGCUGGAAGAAACAGAAGCUGCAAUAGAAGAGUACUUCAAACCAAUUGAUAAAGGUGCCGAGCUCUUAAUGAGUAUGCAGCUUGAGAAAGAAGAAAAACAUGCCAAAGAAAUGGUAAAGGUGAUGCGCGAGAAUGCGAUGCUACAUAGAGAAAUGGCACAGAAGAAAUUUGAAGCUAACCGCUCUGACAUAGGCCAUCCUGCUUCAGAAAAGGAAUCAGUCCUUCCAAACCAAGAGCAGAGUAACUGAUUUUUUUUUUGGCACUAAAUCUGAUCAAUAUCACUGGCAUGUUUGGCGUUGCUGUUUGGUUGAUUCAUAAAAUGUUUGUACAUUGAAAAAUGGCACGUAACUAUAUUUUCCUGCUAUUCUAUCCGCUUAGAUUUUUCUCUCUCUUACCCCCUGAUGUUGAGAGUUGAUAUAAGCCUAGUGAAUUAUAGCUGAUCACUGGUGGAAACCAAGAGCUCAUCUAUCUGAAGUAGGACUCAGGCCUGAUUUCUGGAUGAGAUGUAGAGCUAAACUUGAUGUACAAUUUGAUGAAUAUUGAUGGCAAUUGUCAAGCUUCAAGCAUUCACUUUGCAGUUUAUGGAAUGAAAUAAGACUGACUCUGACAAAUGUCAGAAAAUUAUACCA